AUGAGCUCCUACGUAGCCAAUUCAUUCUAUAAGCAGAGCCCCAAUAUCCCUGCCUAUAACAUGCAAACUUGUGGGAACUAUGGAUCGGCCUCAGAGGUGCAGGCAUCCAGGUACUGCUACGGCGGAUUGGACUUAAGCAUCACUUUCCCACCGCCUGCGCCUUCCAACUCUCUCCACGGGGUAGACAUGGCUGCCAACCCCCGGGCUCACCCCGACCGCCCCGCCUGCAGCGCCGCGGCCGCUCCAGGACACGCUCUGGGCAGAGACGAAGCGGCUCCUCUGAACCCCGGGAUGUACAGUCAGAAGGCGGCUCGCCCAGCGCCGGAGGAGCGAGCUAAGAGCAGUGGGGAGAUCAAAGAGGAGCAGGCGCAGACAGGGCAGCCCGCCGGACUGAGCCAGCCACCGGCCCCGCCACAGAUUUACCCGUGGAUGACCAAACUGCACAUGAGCCACGAGACAGACGGCAAGCGGUCCCGCACCAGUUACACGCGCUACCAGACUUUGGAACUGGAAAAAGAAUUCCACUUUAACCGCUACCUCACUCGCCGCAGGCGCAUAGAGAUCGCCAACAACUUGUGUCUCAACGAGAGACAGAUCAAGAUCUGGUUCCAGAACCGCAGGAUGAAGUGGAAGAAAGAUUCCAAAAUGAAAAGCAAAGAGGCUCUUUAGGAGGCGGCGAAGAGGCCCGCCCGGAGCGCCCUGGCUGCUCCCACUCCCCUCGCCUUUCCUUUCCGGUUCUCCUCUCUGUAUUUUAGGGCAAGGGCGGUGGCCGGGGACCCGCUCCGGGCCUCAGAGACAAAAGCGUUUUCCCCGGCACCCGCAUCUCCACCGACCCCAGGUUCCCGUGGGCUGACCACGCUGUGCUGGCUCCCCUUAGUUCUGCUGGGCUCCGGGCUGCCCCAGGGCUAGCUCCGCAGGGUUCCCAGGGCUAUGGCUUCCUGGCGCUGCCCAGGCUGGCGCCGACCCCACCGGACAGGCCUGGGCCGCCUCUCAGCCUUCCAGCCCCAGCUGGACCCACCCCCGUUAAGGUGGGCCGUGUGGUUGCUGCAGGCCGGGCGCCCCGACCCUCCAACCUCGCUCUCUCCUUUGUUCCCGGUUUCGGCUGGCCAGGCCGCUUCGAUCUGGCGAGAGAGUGGUUGUGCCUGGGGGAGUCUGGCGCCAGAUUCGGGGUGCUUCGUUGUAGUGACUACACUCAAGUUUUUCAUUUUUUAAUGAUUUGCAUAAUAAAGGAGGGAGCCGAUUGAAGUCUGCCUCUGGCCCCUUGGGUUGUCCUAUGCUCUCUAAACCUUCCUCCGACCCCCAAACCCGGGAACCUCUCCAGCCUGCGCCCUCUGCAUGCCUUCAGGCCCCCAGCCUCAGACCACUAGCGAGCUCAACUAUUGAGGCUCCCUGCCACAGGACCCCAGCAGCGGUCCUAGGGGCUCCUGGCUGCUAGUAUCCUUGCCGCCACUUUCUGUGCCCGCCUGCCCCAUCGCUGUUGUACAACUAUUUAUUGACGCCGGGUCUUUCCUGAAACUAUAUUUUGUCAUAGCAAAUAAAGACAAAGAGAGAACAGGA